AGAGCUGUAACUCUUUGGCUAUCGGACUGGGUGGCACCGGGCGCAGGCCGCUGCCCUUGAAGCGCCGGCCUUCGCUGGAGCCCAUGGACCAGCGCCCACCCGGACGCCUGGGCGGGAGCGGGCGGUUCCAUCGACCCUGGGGGUGGACCAGGGAGACUGAGGGUUCCACGCGUGGCAUCACAAUUGCCUCCGCGGGGGCGAGGCCAGAGAGCCAUUUCCAAGGAGACGCGGGCGCACUGGCCCUCCCUUGCUUCCUCCUCUUCCCUCCUUCCUUUCCUAGUUUCUUCCCUUCCUUCUCCUUCUCUCCCUUCCCGCCCUACUCUUUUCGGCUGCUCUGGUGCCCACCCCCAGUGCCUCGAGGGCGAGGAGAGCUCCUCGGCCCUGCAGGACAGGGAGGAUUCUGUACAGAUGAGCAUAACCUGUGACUGCAAGGAGCCUGACAAGUGCUGCUGGAAACACAAGCAGUGCACUGGGCACAUCAUCUACCCCUUCGCCUCUGACUGUGUCUGCCACAGCCUGCACCUACGCUCUGUCAACCACUGCAACUGUAAUUCUAGCUUUGAAUUGGUGCUGCCAGCCCAGUCCCAGCUCUGCACACGUUGCUCUGCUCUAAGAUAAAUGGGGAGGUCUGUUGGCGGCCUGGGACAGGCCCAGCAGAAGCCCACUGUCCCUCAGGUUUCUGGCUUUGGGUCCCUGGGGGAGUGAUGGGAGCCGGGCUGAGAGUCCCAUGUGUGGCAGGCUGAAGGACUGCUCAGAGGACAGCAGCAGCUCCCGGGGUGCGGGCCCAACCUGCUCCCAUGUCAUCGAGUCCCCUUGCUUUGAGCUCACACCGGAGGAGCAGCAUGUGGAGCGAUUCUGGUAUGGCUGGUGCAAAAGCUACAGACCUGUCUCUGUGGCGGUGAUCCACCAUCCCCUCCACCAUGAGUGUGGGGCAGAUGAUCUAAAUGAAGAAGAGGAAGAGGAGGAGCAGGAAAGCAAGCCCCCCAUCCCAACGCAGGUGGGGCCUGCCACCGCCUCCCCUGACCUAGGCACCAGCAUGGCCACUGGUACCCCUGACUCCGCAGCGCCCAUCACCAUCUGGCGCUCUGAGAGCCCCACAGGGAAGGGUCAGGGCAGCAAGGUGAUCAAGAAGGUAAAGAAGAAAAAGGAAAAAGAGAAAGACAAGGAGGAGGAGAUGGAUGAGAAGGCAAAGCUGAAAAAAAAAGCCAAGAAAGGCCAGUUGACUAAGAAGAAAAGCCCGGUUAAAUUGGAGCCUUCCCCGCCAGACGCGAGCCGAUCAUUAAGCCCAAGACAGCUGGCCAGGAUGUCCGAGUCCAGCCCAGAAAGCAGGGAAGAGCUGGAGAGCGAGGACAGUUACAAUGGCCGGGGGCAGGAGGAACUGUCCAGCGAGGAUAUUCUGGAAUCAUCAUCGCCCAGGAAGAGAGAGAACACAGUUCAGGCCAAAAAGACAGGGGCAAAGCCCUCACAAGCCAGGAAGGUAAACAAGAAAAAAUCUCCAGGAUUAAACCCCAACCUCAGUUGAGGCCAGGGUGGUCAGGGUACAGAAUAAAUGCCAUUGAGCCUGUGGCUGGCCCUCUGCUGCUGUUCUCUCCCUCCAACCUGGCUGUUUCUUGCGGGGCAAGGGGUGGGCUCAGGGCUGCGGGGGUUUCUCAAAGGCAAUCCAGCUUUCACAAAGGAAGCCCAUGGGAAGGCAGGUGGGAGGGAAAGGAAGGGGCACAGCCCUAUUUCCUCCUACCUCCUAGGACAAGGUGAAAGAGUACAUCUGGGUGGGAAGGAGGACUUCCCCUCUCUCCUGGGAGAGACUCUCGGUCUAUGUGAAACCCACUUCUGGGAGAGGCAGUACUGUCUGCAGUGAUACCCCCAAUAAAUGGAACUUUUUAACCCA